AUGUCAGCUGGCGCGAAGUUGGAGCGUGAUGAAGGGUUGAAGCACUUUAUAGAUUGCCGCCCUACAAAGCAAAACGCAAUCCCCGUGUUGGAAAUGGGAUAUCGACCAGUGACGCCAAAGACACCUGGACGUAGACCUUUGAAGAGACGAUCGGGCAUUGCCAGCUGGACAAGUCUUGUUCCCUUCGAUACUGAGACUAGUGAGGCAGUACAUUCUCAGACGAAGACUAGCGAGACAGUUGAAGGUCCUGAUCCUAUAGAAACUGAGACAAGCAAGUCGGUUGUUGAUCCUGAUCCCAUAGAGACUGUGGCAGUUGACUCUCAGACCGAGACUACUGUUGAAACUGAUCCUGCAACAUCUAGUCGUGCAGAUUCAUGCGUAACUGUAAGACCCUUCGAGACUGAGACUAGCGAGGCAGUACAUUCUCAGACGGAGACUAGCGAAGCAGUUGAAGGUCCUGAUCCUAUAGAAACUGAGACAAGCAAGUCGGUUGUUGAUCCUGAUCCCAUAGAGACUGUGGCAGUUGACUCUCAGACCAAGACUACUGAUGAAACUGAUCCUGCAACAUCUAGUGGUCUUGUUUUCUUCGAGACUGAGACUAGCGAGGCAGUACAUUCUCAGACGGAAACUAGCGAAGCAGUUGAAGGUCCUGAUCCUAUAGAAACUGAGACAAGCAAGUCGGUUGUUGAUCCUGAUCCCAUAGAGACCGUGGCAGUUGACUCUCAGACCGAGACUAGUGUUGAAACUGAUCCUGCAACAUCUAGUGGUCUUGUUCCCUUCGAGACUGAGACUAGCGAGGCAGUACAUUCUCAGACGGAGACUAGCGAAGCAGUUGAAGGUCCUGAUCCUAUAGAAACUGAGACAAGCAAGUCGGUUGUUGAUCUAGAAGUCGGAGGCAAAAUUACCUAUUUAUAUUUCAAAGUGAUAUAA